AUGAAGCGCAAUAGCCCUCUCGUCCCUCUAGCCUUCCUCCUCUUCCUGUCCAUCACCACCACUCCCUCCGCCGCCACAAACGGGCCAAGCGCCAUCUACGCCUUCGGCGACUCCAUUCUCGACGCCGGCAACAACAACCACAUCCUCACCCUCUGCCGCGCCGAUCACGAUCCCUACGGGUCCGACUUCCCUGGCCGAAGCCACACCGGAAGGUUCAGCAACGGCAAGAUCCCCGGAGACUUCCUCGUCGCCGCUUACGGCCUCAAGGACAUGUUGCCGGCCUACUCGGACGCCUCGGUCACCGACAAGGACCUAAUCACCGGCGUCAGCUUCGCGUCGUCGUGCUCGGGCUACAGCCAAAUGACCGCGCUGCAGCUGGGCGUCCACAACUUGGAUAGACAGUUCUGGCAUUUCGAAAUGGCGUUUGACAAAAUGCAGAAGGCAUACGGCCUUCAAAAGGCAACACAAACAGUGGAGAAAGCACUCUUCUUGGUUGCAGCAGGCUCAACUGAUAUAAUCAAUGAUUUCUAUAUGCAGCCACUCACUAGGGCCAAGUACUCUUACCCUGCCUACAUUCAAAUGUUGCUCCUAAACAUGGAAAAUUUUGUUAUAUCAUCUUGA